AGUUUGGGGCUGAGCCUCUGGGUGUCACUGUUCACCAAUAAGGAACAGAACGGAAAUCUCCAGCCCAUCUCCUCCUGCUGUUCUGCCAUACACAAGCCCCAAAGAACUGAAGAAGAAGCUGACGGAUGGAUGCAGCUGUGCUCAGAAAAACAGUUGGCCACACUCUCUUUUAGGGCAGGGAAAAUCAUCCUUUAUCCUCCUGCGGGAACAUGGAAGAAAUGCAGAGGCAAAGGAGAUACAAGCAGGGAAUCCUGCAGUGCCUGCUCCUAGUGCUGACCUGGAGGAGAGUUUCUGGACAGAUCCACUAUUCCAUCCCUGAGGAGGUGCAGAAGGGCUCCUUUGUGGGCAAUCUUGUGAAGGACCUGGGCAUGGAUGGGAAGCCCCCUUUGGGCCAUGGACUGCGCAUUGUUUCCAAUGUAGGUAUGAUUCAGUAUUUUUCUUUGAAUGCCCACAGGGGGCAUUUGCUAACUGCUGAGAGAAUUGACAGAGAAGAAAUCUGUGGGAAGGCAGAGAAAUGCACUGUAAAGCUCCAGGUCCUGCUUGAAAGCAAAUUAAAACUAUAUGAAGUUGAGGUGGAAAUCACCGACGUCAACGAUAAUGCUCCUCAAUUUUCUCUGGGGGAGCAGGAGCUGGAGAUAAGCGAGGGGUCUUUCCCAGGAUUUCAGGUCCCUCUCCCUGAAGCUCAGGAUGCAGAUUUGGGGAUCAAUUCUGUUCAGAGCUACCAACUCACAGGCAGUGGUCAUUUUUCCCUGGACAUGAAGAUAGGACAAAAUGGUAUCAGAAAUCCUGAGCUGGUGUUGGAGAAGUCUCUGGACAGAGAGGAACAGUCAGUUUAUGAGCUCAUCCUCACAGCUACUGAUGGAGGUGAUCCUGUUCGAUCCGGCACCAUACAAAUCAAAGUCAAAGUUUUGGAUGCAAAUGACAAUGCACCGAUUUUUACUCAGUCUUCCUACGAAGUGAACAUCUGGGAGAAUAUGCCAAUAGGAUCCAGUAUACUGCAAGUAAGUGCCACUGAUCUAGAUGAGGGAAUCAAUGGAGAGGUGAAAUAUUUCCUUAAAAAAACAACUCUGUCUCAUUUUCCAAUGUUUGCCAUGAAUUCCACUACGGGUGAAAUUACUCUCACAGGCAACCUUGAUUAUGAGGAAUCCUCUUCGUAUGAAUUAGAGGUGCAGGCCAAAGAUGGGGGAGGUCUGAGUGACAGAUCGAAAGUCAUUAUCUUCAUUGGAGAUUUGAAUGACAAUGCACCCGUGCUAGCAGUUACCUUUGCCACCAAGGCCAUCCUCGAAAGCUCACCACCUGGAACAGUAAUAGCCAUAUUAAAUGUCCGAGACCAAGACGCAGGUGUCAAUGGGGAAAUUGCAUGUUCCAUCCCCAACAAUAUCCCUUUCCAGCUGAAGAAGUCAAUGGAGAACUUCUACAGUUUAGUGACAUGCAAUUCUCUUGACAGGGAACAGGCGACAGAGUUCAAGGUACCUGUCACAGUCACUGACCAUGGAAUUCCCCCUCUUUCAACAGCCACAGUAAUUGAGCUAAAUAUUUUAGAUGUAAAUGACAACCCACCCCUCUUUGAAGAAUCACAAUAUACUUUCUAUACUGCUGAGAAUAACCAAAGAGGUUGCCAGAUCUUUUCCUUAAAAGCAAAUGAUCCAGACUGGGAGGAGAAUGCCAGAAUAACGUAUUCCAUCAUCCAAGACAAGGCAAGCAGCUCCCUCCUCUCCUCCUACCUCUCCAUUAACUCUGAGACAGGCAUUGUUUAUGCGCUGCACUCCUUCGAUUAUGAAGAGGUUCGGGAGAUCAGCUUCCGGGUGAAGGCCCAGGACGGGGGCUCCCCACCGCUCAGCUCCAACGUCUCCGUGACCCUCUUCAUCCUGGACCAGAACGAGUGGAGAUCUGCGCAGCUGUUUGACUCGGGAAGCCUGAAAUUCCAUGGCGCCCCCGUCUCUCAGUUUGUUGGCAUUGACGGAGUCCAGGCCUUUCUUCAGUCGUAUUGCCAUGAGGUUUCUCUGACCACAGACUCCAGGAAAAGCCAGUUGAAUUCUUCCAAAGUAAACUCUUCAAAUACUUGUGGCAAUCAACUGAUGUGUGAAACAAAGGACCCUCUCCUAUCUGACAAUGAUUUAAAUUUGCAGAAUGGUUAUCUAGAUGGCAAUCAGAGCAUCUCGCUGCAGGUAUCUGAUGUCAAUGACAAUGCCCCAGCCUUUGAGAGAACUUCCUACAGCAUCUACGUGUCAGAGAACAACCCUUCAGGCACUUCCGUGUUCAGAAUCUCUGCCUCAGACCCGGACGUGGGCCAGAAUGCAAGGAUCACGUACUCCAUCCUCACCAGCACCAUCCAGGAGCUGCCCAUCUCGUCCUAUGUCUCCAUGAGUGCAGAGACGGGCACCAUCUACGCCCAGCGGUCCUUCGAUUACGAGCAGUUCCGGGAGUUCCAGCUGCAGGUGAAGGCCCAGGACGGCGGCACUCCCCCACUCAGCAGCAACAUCUCUGUGCGUGUGUUCGUGCUGGAUCGCAAUGACAACAGCCCUCGCAUCCUGUCCCCCUCCCAGGAGGCCCCGGAUAAUAGUUCUGUGGCUUUCCCAGCCAAUGGGGAAAAUAAUUUAAAUUCAGAAAUGGAGAAUGAUGAGAAGAGCCGGAUGGACAGAUGGGAAGGAGAGGACGGCCGGGCGCUGGCCAGGCAAGUACUGCUUCUCUCGCUGCUGCCGCUCUCCUGCUGGGCUGCCUCGGAGCAGGUCCGCUAUUCCAUCCCGGAGGAAAUGGAAAAGGGCUCCGUGGUGGGCAGCCUGGCCAAGGACCUGGGGCUGAAUGCCAGGGAGCUGGCAAAGCGCAAUCUGCAUGCUGUCCCCGUGACAAAACUGCAGUAUUUUAGCAUCAGUGGCGAAAAUGGGAACCUCUGCGUGAACGAGAGGAUCGACAGGGAGGAAAUCUGUGCCACGGCACCACACUGCCUAGUUACGUUAGAAGUGAUGGUUGAAAACCCCCUGGAUAUCUUCCAUGUAACUGUAGCGAUUGAGGACAUCAAUGACAAUGCACCCCAGUUCUUCAAUGGCAACAUCAACCUGGAGACAAGCGAAGUUACUUCACCAGGCACUCGAUUUCUGCUUGGGAAAGCAGACGAUCCGGAUAUUGGGAUGAAUUCUGUCCAGGACUACCAGCUCAGCCCCAAUCAGUACUUCACUCUGGAUGUUAAAAAGAGCCAGGAUGCAAAUACAUUUGCAGACUUGGUGCUGCAGAAACCCCUCGAUCGAGAAAGUGAGCAGACCCUUCAUUUGAUUCUUACAGCUUUGGAUGGGGGGGAACCACGGAAAACUGGGACUGCCCAGAUCUGGAUCAAUGUCACUGAUGCCAACGACAACCCACCCAUCUUCAGCCAAGAGGUUUACACAGUCAAUCUCAGGGAAAAUGCUCCUGUUGGGUCGCAGGUGCUCCAGCUUGUGGCCACUGAUAAUGAUGAUGGGUCAUAUGCCCAAAUCAGGUAUCACUUCAGCAACAUCCCAGCAAAUGCCCAACAAAAUUUCAGGAUUGAUCCAAUCAGUGGCACAAUUACUCUGAUGGGAGACUUGGAUUAUGAGGAAACAAAAGCAUAUGCUAUGACAGUCGCAGCAAAAGAUGGGGGUGGAUUGGUGACACAUGUCAAGGUUGAAAUAAAGAUUCUUGAUGAGAACGAUAACUACCCAGAGGUGAUUCUUACUUCCUUGUUCAGUCCAGUUCCAGAAGAUUCCCUGCCUGGGACCUUAAUUGCCCUUAUUAAUGUAAAUGAUAAAGAUGCUGGUGACAGUGGAAAGGUUGCUUGCAGUUUACGACAAGAUUUACCCUUCAAAAUUAUUCGCAUGUCUAACAAUUACUAUAAGUUGCUGUCAGACGGUCCCCUGGACAGAGAACGGACUCCAGAAUAUAAUAUUACAGUCACAGCCUCGGACACAGGGUCUCCCCCUCUCUCCACAUACAAGAGCAUCUUGCUGCAGGUGUCCGAUGUCAAUGACAAUGCCCCGGCCUUUGAGAGACCUUCCUACAGCAUCUAUGUGCCGGAGAACAACCCUUCGGGCACCUCUGUGUUCAGAGUCUCCGCCUCAGACCCGGACAUGGGCCAGAACGCGAGGAUCACUGCAGUGUUUUUAGAAAUGGAACUUAAAGUCCUUGGUUAG